GCCUGUUUGCGGGUCGUCGGCUAUGCCGAAGACUUGAUUCUCAGCCGCGAGCAUAGACUCAUUGCAGGGGCUCUUCCCUUAUCUUUUCCUUUUUUGCUUUGUUCAUCAUUUCUCGGUACGGAGUAGAGUGCAGGGUUUUCGAAUUUGCGGGAUGCUGCUACUGUUCAAGUUAUAAGUUGAUUAUCUAGAGCUUCUUUGCGGGACGCAUCUCGAGGGACUGACCUGUUUUUCUUCCAACCCAUCCUCCGGAACCUUCAACAACAGCAAUUCUCAAAAUGCGUUUCUUGUGUUUACACGGACAAGGCAGCAAUGCCCGAAUCUUUCAACAGCAGACUGCCGCACUGCGGUAUGAACUUGGAGACGAUCACAGCUACGACUUCGUCAACGGUGCAGUGCCAUGGAAAACCGAUCGAGAUCUGGAUCAAUUCGCAAUGGGUGAAGAGCAAACUUUCGCGCACUGUGACCCCGAGGAGCCCGAGUCAUGCCUCCAAGCCCUAGAGAACCUCGAACAGUACAUCGCCGCAGAAGGACCCUACGACGGCAUCAUGGGAUUCAGCCAAGGGACCAACGUUGCCCUGAGCUGGCUGCUCAAGUUACAACAGGAGGUACGUCCACUGCCCUUCAAAUUUGGGGUCUUUUUCUCCAACCCCUGGGCUGUGUACGAUUACCAGGAGUUGUUGGGCGGUCGCAUUGUGCCCUUGCAGCAUGACGCAUACGUGGGGUUGCUGGAUCUGCCGACGACGCAUAUCUGGGGGUCAGCGGACAAGGACGCAAAGGCGUCGGAGGCGAUCACGGCGGCCUGUAUGGAAGCAAAGCGAUCAGUCUGGAUCCAUGACAAGGGCCAUGAGAUUCCCGUCAAUACUGACACUGUGAUCGCGAUGGCGAAGAUGAUCAACCGGGCGCUGGUCCGAGCUUCGACGGCGGAAGGAGCAUAG